CACACGCCCAUUGGCAGACACAGCCACACCUCGCAGCUUGGGGAAAGCCACAGACCUCAUCUGUACCGACUGAGCCUGCACUAGAGGAAGUUUCCGCAGGACUCCGGACAAACAGACUCACGGCCACGACUGUCUGCGAGCUAAGCCACAGGCGACCGCUGGCGGGCAGGUACGCGGUGCGCACCGGCGUCAGGGCCUGGGUGGCGGCAGCGGCAGCGGGAGGUCCUGGGAGCUGCAGCAGUCGGUGCCAGCGCGCGCGCCGGCUGUCCUGGGCCAGCCGCAUCCCCCGGCCGCCGCUGGCAGCCUCCUCACUCAGCGAGAGCCGCCGCCGCCCCUCCCGGCGGCCUCUGGCGCCCUAGGGCAGCCGGGCUCCGCGCUCGCGGUAGGACCUGCCCGCCGCCGGCCCCAGUCCGAAACAUGGCUGCGCGCCCCGCCGCCACCCUCGCUUGGUCGCUGCUACUCCUGUCCUUGGCCCUGCUCCGCGGCGGCUGCCGGGCGCGCUUUGCUGCGGAGCCGGACUCGGCGGAUGAUGAAGAAGAGCCGCUGGUUUUCCCCGAGUCGCCCCUGCAGAAACCCACGGUGCUCGUGGCCAUCCUCGCCCGCAACGCUGCGCACACGCUGCCUCACUUCCUAGGCUGCCUGGAGCGGCUGGAUUACCCCAAGAGCAGGAUGGCCAUAUGGGCAGCCACUGAUCACAAUGUGGACAAUACCACCGAAAUGUUCAGGGAGUGGUUGAAAAACGUACAGAGACUCUAUCACUACGUGGAGUGGAGGCCGAUGGAUGAACCCCAGUCUUAUCCUGAUGAAAUUGGACCAAAGCACUGGCCAAGCUCCCGGUUUGCUCAUGUCAUGAAAUUGCGACAGGCAGCUCUUCGAACUGCGAGGGAAAAAUGGUCAGACUACAUUCUGUUCAUAGACGUGGACAAUUUCCUGACAAACCCACAGACCCUCAGCCUGAUGAUUGCAGAAAACAAAACCAUCGUGGCCCCCAUGCUGGAGUCCCGGGGCCUGUACUCUAACUUCUGGUGUGGAAUCACCCCUCAGGGCUUCUAUAAACGCACUCCAGACUACCUUCAGAUUAGAGAAUGGAAGAGGACGGGCUGCUUCCCUGUCCCCAUGGUGCACUCCACCUUCCUAAUCGACCUCAGGAAGGAGGCCUCUGACAGGCUGACCUUCUACCCCCCGCACCAGGACUACACCUGGACCUUUGAUGACAUCAUCGUCUUUGCCUUCUCCAGCAGACAAGCAGGUAUCCAGAUGUACCUCUGCAACAGAGAGCACUAUGGCUACCUGCCCAUCCCCUUGAAGGCCCACCAGACCCUGCAGGAGGACAUCGAGAACCUCAUCCACGUGCAGAUAGAAGCCAUGAUUGACCGUCCUCCCAUGGAACCCUCCCAGUUUGUGUCAGUUGUCCCUAAAUAUCCAGACAAGAUGGGAUUUGAUGAGAUUUUCAUGAUCAACCUCAAACGCAGAAAGGACAGGCGGGACCGGAUGCUGCGCACGCUCUAUGAACAGGAGAUCUCGGUCAAGAUAGUUGAAGCGGUGGAUGGGAAGGCUCUCAACACAAGCCAGCUGAAGGCCUUGAACAUUGAAAUGCUGCCAGGUUACCGAGACCCCUACUCCUCCAGGCCUUUAACCAGGGGUGAGAUCGGCUGCUUUCUUAGUCACUACUCUGUCUGGAAAGAGGUAAUUGACCGGGAACUGGAGAAGACUCUCGUAAUCGAGGAUGAUGUGCGCUUUGAGCAUCAGUUUAAGAAGAAGCUAAUGAAGCUAAUGGAUGACAUUGACCAGGCUGAGCUGGACUGGGAACUGAUUUACAUUGGUAGGAAGAGAAUGCAAGUAAAAGAGCCAGAGAAAGCGGUGCCCAACGUGGGGAAUCUGGUCGAAGCGGACUAUUCCUACUGGACGCUGGGCUAUGUCAUCUCUUUGGAAGGAGCACAGAAGCUGGUUGGAGCUAAUCCUUUUGGGAAGAUGCUGCCAGUGGAUGAAUUUCUGCCAAUCAUGUACAACAAGCAUCCUGUAGCUGAGUACAAGGAGUAUUAUGAAUCCAGAGACCUGAAAGCCUUCUCCGCAGAACCCUUGCUUAUCUACCCCACACACUACACAGGCCAGCCGGGGUAUCUGAGUGACACAGAGACCUCGACCAUCUGGGACAAUGAGACCGUGGCCACCGACUGGGACAGGACACAUUCCUGGAAGUCCCGGAAGCAGGGUCAUAUCCACAGCAAUGCCAAAAACACAGAGGCUCUGCCAUCACCAACUUCUGUGGACAAUGUGCCUUCGAGGGACGAGCUAUGAAAUCUCCCAGGGAGUAUGACACCCAUGGGUCCAUCACUGUUUGGUUUUUCUAAAGUGCUAUCCAUUUUUUUUUUUUUUUUUUAGUGAUCAGUUCAUCUAACUAAAGUGAUCCCAUGUAAUUGAUCAAAAUGAAUUUAUUUCUGAAAGUGGAGAGGAAUAAGGAAAUUAAACCCAAAUUCCCUAGGAUGGCUACAAGAUAGGUUUUAUGGGAACUGCCAAGUUACACUUCAGUUCAGACGCCCAGUUCUGCUCAGUAGUCAUAUGAUACUGCUGCCCAUGACAGGGAGGCAACAGGGGUGGCUCAGAGUCUUGUCCAAGGGAUGGGAUCACCAAGUUGUCACAUUAUUAAAUGGGCAGUCAAAACAGCCAAAUCAGCUAGACCUCAUUCAUGGUCUGGACUGUCCAUUUUAU